AUGGAUUCGGAGCAUGAAGCUCUCCUCUUUUACUCCCAAGUACACUGGCUUUCCAAGGGCAAUGUUGUGAAUCAAGUGUUUGAACUUUGGGGGGACCUUAAAUCGUUCCUGGAAAUGCAGGGGAAAGUUGAUCUGUUGAGUCACUUCAAUGAUGUUUUGUGGAAGCCACAUCUUGCAUAUUUAGCAGAUAUAUUUGAGCAGUUAAAUAGAUUGAAUCUAAAGCUACAGGGCAAGGAAAGAAAUGUGUUUCACCUGAUGGACUGUCUUCGUGGAUUUUUUGCCAACCUUCAGAACUGGCAAAGGAAAGUUGCUGCCGGGAAUAUUGCCAUGUUUGAAAACCUUUCAGCUGUCCUUGACAGGAAUGAAGAAGAUAGUCUACUUGACCCAUUGCCUAAAACUGAAAUCACUCAGCAUCUGAGAUCCUUGGAAAGUGAACUUAAUAUGUACUUCCCAGAGUUCGAGGAGGAAGAAGGGAAGUUCGUAAGGAAUCCAUUCUCUGGCACUCUUGAUAUUACUACCAUUCCCAGUGUAGUUCAGGACGAGUUCCUUGAUCUCAAACAGGAUUCUGCUGCCAAAGAUCUUUAUGAAGAAAAAUCUCUGAAUGUAUUCUGGUGUUCGAUGCAUCAGUCAUAUCCAAAAGUCAGCGAGAUUGCAUUUCGACAACUUUUGCCUUUUUGA